AACGUAUGCAAACAGGAACAUGGCUACCGGUGCUUAACAUCAGCAGUCCAUCCUUACAACACACUCCUGUUGGCCCGACACAGCCUGUGACAGUGUAAUAUUAGCUGUGCCUCCGCCACAGAAGAAAACACCUCGUAGAGUUUAUCGGCGGAGCCAGCGGAGCCUCUGAAAGCAGCGUCUUCUCGGUCAUCAAUCACUAACAGUGUGUGUCAACAUGGCGAGUCCAAGGACCAGAAGAGUUCUGAAGGAAGUGAGGACCGAAGACGAGAACAACCUAUGUUUUGAGUGUGGAGCGUUCAACCCUCAGUGGGUUAGUGUGACGUACGGGAUCUGGAUUUGUCUUGAGUGCUCUGGCAAGCACAGGGGCCUGGGAGUACAUCUCAGUUUUGUCCGCUCUGUCACCAUGGACAAGUGGAAAGAUAUUGAGCUUGAGAAGAUGAAAGCUGGAGGCAACGGAAAAUUCCGCCUUUUUCUUGAAAUCCAAGAUGAUUAUGAUCCCACCUGGAAUUUACAGGAUAAAUACAACAGCAAAGCUGCUGCUCUCUUUAGAGACAAGGUUGCAACGCUAGCGGAGGGUAAGGAGUGGUCCAUUGAGACGUCCCCUGCCAGGAACUGGACAUCUCCUCAACCCAAGUCCAGCCUUUCAUCCUCUCAUCGCUCUGGAGGACCGGGACAAAGCUCUGCAAAAUCUAGUGACAAAGCUUUUGAAGACUGGUUGAGUGAUGAUGUGAACUCAUACCAGAGUGGAGGUGGCUACAGUGGGAAUCAAGAGAAUCGGUAUGUUGGCUUCGGCAACACAGUGACUCCAGAGAAGAAAGAGGAUGACUUCAUCAACAAUGCCAUGACUUCUAUUUAUUCAGGUUGGAGCAGUUUCACUGUUGGAGCUAGCAAGUUUGCUUCUAUUGCUAAAGAUAAUACAUCUAAACUGGCAAACCAAGCAACUUUAAAGUUAAAGGGCUAUAAAGCACCCCCAGAACCGGCCACAGAGUUAGGACAGACAUUAAAUGAGAAUGUUAUCAAACCCACUCAAGAAAAGGUAAAAGAUGGCAAAUUGCUAGAUGAAAUGGCAGUCGGCAUCACUGGGCUGGCAAACAAGGUUCAGGGAGCAGGUUCAAAAUUGACUAAUAUCUUCAUGGGGAAAGCGGAGGAUGGGUCUGCUGGAGAGAGCUACCAGAACAUGGAUGCCACUGAGGGAUAUCAGGGCAGUUCUAGCCAGCCUGUCUCAAAGGACUUCUGGGAAACCUUUGGCAGCAACAACUCCUUAAAGGCCAAGAAAUCUCCGAGCAGUGACAGCUGGACCAUCGCAGAUAAUUCUGCAAAGAAGAGCUCUGACAGUUGGGACAAUUGGGGCUCCGAAGCAGCGUCCAACAACAAACACAGCACAGAGGAGAGCUGGGAAGCAUGGGACAACAACUGGGAGAACGCAGAGGGUAAGACGAAGAAGAGUCCCACAAAACCUGCUGAGGAAACCUGGGAUAAUGCAGACUGGUAGUUACCAUAUAACCAUACAUCUCAUCACCUUUUUCUCCACUCUGGCCUUUUCCCUCUGUUUCUCUCUCUGUUCAUCUCACUGGCACUUUUAGGGAAAGAGCUGCGUCAGCUCCGUUCCUGUCAAUUCAUUCAAAAAUAUAUUUAAUAUAAACCCAAGAAACAAUUAAUAAAGCCCAGGGAUAAAUUGAGUUAAUUAUUAAUGGAUAUUCUUAAAAUGUACAACUAUACUGACUCAGUCAUGUAUUUUAUUGUAAAUUACCUUCAUCACAAGAAAAUAUGAAGAAAUCAGUGUAGAUAUGAUCAUAGCUUUCUGGGCUCCCCAAAUAUAAUACUCUUAAUGGUGAAUAACCCAGUGUUCAUACUAAGGGUUUAAUGGUACCAGUUCUCAAUUCACCACAUAAAGAAAUGAUGCAUGACAGAGAAAAUCUAACAUUGUAAAUAUCAAUUAUUGUAAAUACAGUAUGAUUGACUAAACACUAAUGACAUGAUUAUUUGUUUGUCCAAUCAAAUUGAUUUGCUCUGCCCCUGGACCUUUUGCACAUUUUGUUCUUAAGGUUUUGAUACUGGAAAUAAUCUUUGAAAAAUUUGGAGCCCUUUCCAUGCUGUGGUUCAAAAUAUUAUAUUAAAUUGAGAAACAAAUAAUCACUGUAACACAUUUGCAUAUCAAUGUGGAUUUGUUCAGUUUAAAUUAAAUAAUCUAUGUGUAAUUGAGUUACAGUAAAUUACCUUUUUAGUAUUAUUAUUAUUAUUAUUAUUAUUUUUUUCUUUUCUAUUAAAGGACCAGUGUGUAGGAUUUAGUGGCAUCUAGAGGUGAGGUUGCAGAUUGGUGAACCGCCCUCCACUCACCUGUCCCUUUCCAAGCAGUUGAAGAACUUAUGGCAGCCGUCACAUAACUUAAAAACCGAAAAGCCCAUCUCUAGAGCCAGUGUUUGCUUUGUCUGUGCUGGGCUACUGUAGAAACAUGAUCUUUAAUUUAGGGUGAUUAUGCACAAAUAAAAACAAACAAAAAAUUAUUUAAAAAAAUAUAUAUUAUAAUUCAUUUCUGACGACAGAUUUCCCCUAAAUCCUACACAUGGGACCUUUUUUAAAAUGUGCAAAAAGUCCAUGGGUUUAAAAGCAGAGAACUGCUGAUACAAUAUCAUGUUAUCAAGACCAGAAAAUGGACGGGGUGCUUAAAAGUUGAAUUCCGUGUGUCCUCAGCCAAUAAAGUUGAUCAACAAUCCUUGAUCCCUUUUUAACGGUAAAGUAGUGCAGUUGCUUUAGGGUAAAUGCAUGUAUUGUAUCACAAUGUUGUCAUACUGACCUAAAACUUGUCAAAGUGGAUGUGUUUAAUUAAACAUUAGUGAGACGUUGAAGCUGAUUUUGAUUGGUUGACACAAUAGUGUGAUUUCACCUUGAUUUUUUUCCAUCUUUACUGUCUGUUAACAAGACCUGUCUGAGACACUUAUUCAAACAUUCAUUGCAAAAUUAAAUAAUUCUUCACACAUCCUCACAUCCUCAACAUAAUUUUCUGAUUUUUUUUAAGUUAUGCAACUCCACAAGUAAUGUUUCUUUGUACUUUUUUUUCACCUCACAGCUUAAAUUAAUGUGUUUGUAUGGAGAACUCAAAUUAACUGCCAAAAGUUGAUCUACUGGGGGAGAGGCGGGGGUUAUAGUUUUUUUGUCUUUUUCUUUUUCCGACCUUGAAGCUGGCUGAUUACUAUUUGAAUAAAAUCUUUCAAAUUCACACAGUCAUGGCAGACUGUAAUAACUCAUUCUUGUAGCCAGUGAUCAAUGUCUCUUAUUCUGAAAAACCACUUGUUGGACAUCAGCAGUUGUUUAAUCCAUAACUUUGCAAUUUCAUUUUCAAGAUGCGACAUUUGGUAUUUUUUAAUAAUUGGUGUCUAAAAAUGAUAUAUAGAUUAAUGUAGAUAAUUGCACACAGACGUCUCUUAUUGCAGGUUGAUAUACUGUGUGUGCUGUGUGCGAGUGUGGAGGUUGUGUUAAAUAACUGGACAAAGAGGUCGACUAUGUUGUUAACUGCAUGGUGUUGCCUGUGAACCUGUAACUUGUGACCUCAACUGAACUGACAGGUCAUUGUAAAUUUCAUCUCGUAUGAAGCAACUCUGUGUGAUCUGUUCUCCAUCUGUGUUAUUGCAGCACUUUUGUCAUUAUGCAUUGUGAGGACUUGAUGUCACAGAUAUCUUCACACUUGUAUUAACAUCUAAAUUGUGGAGUAUGUUAAUGAGGCUCAUUAUAUGCUGCUGGAUGCUACGUUCAUAGUUCUCCAACACUUGUUAUGAAUUAAUUUAAUCAACCCAGUGCACCCCUCAGUCAGAUCAAUGGCAGCUGCACUCACUUUGUUAAUCGUAAAUGCAAAUGUGUCAUGAAAGGCUCAUUGUUUUAACAAGUAGGGAUGUAAUAAGCAAGAAAUAGGGUUUUUUACAAGCCUCUGGUAAUCUUAAAAUUCUAAUGAGCCAUCAAGUUUUAGAAAUAGGCCAAUAUUUUAGAACGUAACCUCCCCAUGUGGCCUUUAAUUCUCUACAACAACAGCUGUUGCGACUUUGUCAUACUGUAAAUGAAGUUUAAUUUGCCUGCACAUGUAAUAAUCUACAGAUGCCCAGUCUUCAUAAAUGAUGCAAACCAAUUACACUUAACUCAAGUGUUUUGAUAGGUCUACAUUUUGUUGGAAAACCUACAACAGAAAAUAACAAUAACAUUAAUGAUUAAUGUGAGAGACCACUUAAAGGUAUACUAUGCAGGAUUAGCCUAAAAGUAUAGAUUGAACAGGAAUAAUUCCUCUUAAUCAUCACUUAUGACCCACUAGAAGUGUGUAGCAGAGUCAGUAUCUGCAGCGAGCCAGCCCUCUGCAUGCAUUUUCUCUUUUCAUUUUGUUGUGUUUGGGAUGUUUCUGGGUGUAAGCAUUUAGGCACUAAGCUCUGAAAAUGGCUACCACAGUGCCAAAAAAAAAAAGCAAAUGUAGCGAAGCAAAAUGGCAAGAGGACCAAGGUUGUUCCAAAAAGAGUUAAUCUGGGGUCAGAGUUCAACUUCGAUUGAGCCAGGGAGGGGCCAAGUUUGAAUGUUGUGUUUACAAACCCUAAACAACAAUUCCUGCAUAUUAUCCCUUUAAUAUCCUCAGUUUGCACCUGAUUCUUUGAGGCUUGGUGUCUGUAAUUAUCUGCCAGUAGAUAAUUACUAACUGCUCAUUGAGCAGUCUACCAGUGCAAUAUAGCUGCUGGAUUGUUUAUUAGGUUGUUAUAACAUGUUGUUGUACAUCUAUAGGCAGUACUCAUUGUGCCUCAUGAUUGCUAAACAAUAUUACUUUAUCAAAUGUUUUAAGGUGUGAAGACUAUUUCUUGGAAGCUUUAUUCCAUGCCCAUUUCCUACCUCUAAGAAGUCUUCAGUUUACGGACAAGUUUUCAGUAGUAAACAGGCUUCUUGUAGGCCUAAUUAUAGCAGGUUUUGCUGUGGCUCAUUUUGUCUUUGCUGAAAGAAGUGUGUUAAAGCAGAGCAACAGAGAUGGGUCAACAGCAUUAGUGUGUUCUCAGUUAAAGUGCAAUGAUGUAAAAACAAAAAGAUCACUCCUGAAACAUUUGUGUCGCUGAACCGCUGCAGUCAUGUGUUCAUGUGGUUGAAAACCUUAAACGGCUGUGAUUGCUUUCUGUUUAUACUGAUAUCAGUUUGCUUGUGUGUCUCUGAUGCAGUGAGGUGUACAUGUCAGUAAAUCCACAUAUUGUUACCCUCAACCUUCCUUAUAUUACUGAA